GACGGCCCCAAAUGGCAGUCCGUGAGGCGUUCCGAGCGAUCCUCCAGCAGCAGUCGGCGCUGCUUCAGACGCUCUCGAACGACAUGUACGUCUUUCGCUGCCCAAUUCUCAUGGGCACGACGGGCGGGCACGUCCGCCACUCGCUCGACCACCUUCGCCGGUCGCUCGACGUCGACCACGCUGGCCACAUCCGCUACGACAUUCGCGUCCGCAACACAGCGAUCGAGCUGGACCGCGUCGCGGCCAUGGACGAAAUGGACCACAUUUUGUCGCUAGCUGCGGCGGUCGCGCCAUCACACCUGACGUCGCCGGUCCGCGCCGCCUUUAUGCUCACCGCCGACGGCAACGAGGUGCAGCUCGCCUCGACCAUCGAGCGCGAAAUGGCGUUCGCUGUACACCACGCGAUCCACCACAACGCGAUGAUCAAGACAAUCUUGCGUGCCAACUUCCCGACGCUGCCGCUACCUGACACGUUUGGCGUCGCGCCGUCGACGCUCAAUUUUCGGCAGUCGGAAGCGUCGUCUUCGUAA